AAACAUUAGUCUAUGAAUCUUUUGAUUAGCUAUAAAAUGAUCUUCAAAGUUCAAACACAAUUUAGUUGCUGUCAGCAUCUCGUCCUUGUAGAAGACCUUAAGCGAAAUGAGUUUCUUUUCAAGCCUAACAUUAUUGGGACUAGCAUAUUUGUGCCUGGCUGAGUUUACAGACGAACAACAAGAACAUUUGAAUCAAAACGUUGAAAAAUGUGCUGAUAAACUCGGCAUAGAGCUGAACAGUGAUUUUAUGGAACAAUGGAAAUACACUGGAAAUCUUUUCCCUGAUGAGGAAAAAUCGAAAAUGUUUGCCAUUUGUCUUCUAUACACAAUUGCUGCUUUGGAUGCUGAUGAAACGAUUAACACACAGAACGUGAUCGACUUUUAUGCCGAUGGUCAUGACGUUCAGGCAUUAACAGAGCUCGUUCAGGAAUGUAACAUAAGUGAAGGAAUUAACAUAGAAGACACAGCAUAUAAUUUCUACAAGUGUUUCUGGACCAGAAAAACAUUCCAAUUAUAACUGACAGUUGAAAACUGAACUUUGAGAAAAAACUUGUUUUCAAUAUUUUCCAAGAUCAACAAAAUAAAAUAUCUGUUUUAAUUCACCUAGUGGUGUAAUGAUACCUU